CAUACUGCUUCUAUAUAUCCAUUUCUAAUCUCACAGUAUUUAAAUUAAUGCCAUAGAAAAUUAGAUGAAAUAUGAACACAGCAAAAAACAGUUCCACUUUGCCAAGUAGCCUAUCAAUCAGGUUAGUCAUGGCUCUGUAUCACAUAAAGAUCACCAAGAGCUGUGCACUAUAGGUGUGUCUGGUUGAUAUUUGAAGGCAGACUGUUCUGUUACAUCACACACACAUCUGUAGGACCUUUAACCAUAGAGAGGUUGGCCAUGCUGGAGCCACUGGGCUGUUGAUUAACAUGUAAUUGGCCACUAGCUGCACUAUGCUCAAUGGGGUGAAACCAACCAGUAACUCCCAGGUCUGUUAACUGCAGCUGUGACCUUUCAUUCACAAUUAAGGCAUGCAAUCAGUCACCUCCAUAUCAAAACAGAAACUGAAGCCCAUCUUACAGAGGAGCAUACAUCCGCAUGUCCAGUGAGAUGCAUGCAUGAGAGAUGGGAAAGGGGGGCAUCUGACAGAUUGAUGUGCUCAGAAUUAUAGUUUAAUUAAAAACAGAUUCUCUAAGGAACACAUUUGCACACCACAGGUCAUUGUCUAAAAGGAAAUGCUUUAGUUCAAGUCAGCUACACAAGGAUCAUUUCCUUUGUGCACCUACAUUAUUUGGAGCCUAGGGUACAUACUGUCCAUACUGAGCUGCACUCUCUACAGAUGGCAUUUCUCUGGAACAUUAAUCCACCUCAAAUAACUCUAAUUCAAUAAGGGAAGAGCAAUAGCUCUCAUUGUUGAAACCAGGAAAGGCAAGCAGCGAGAGACAAUAAGCCCUUGUGUCUGCCUUCUACAGUACAUUCAAAUGUAGGUAUGACAUGAAGCGAUAUGGCAGCAGGGUGGCCUAGUGGUUAAAGGACCCCCCUUCCACCGGACAACACAGGCAAACAUCCACGUGAUGAAAUGUCCUUGAGCAAAUCUUACCGAUUCUCUACCAGCAGGGGCUGGUGAUGUAGAACAAAAAUCAAUAUCUUUACACAUCAUAUUUGGCUUCAAGCCUGAGUAAAAAGGGAACAUAAGGCUCUACCAUCAUGUGCUUUGGCACCAAGUGCAGUUUAUAGCGCACACAUUGAGGGUCACUUCACACUCCCUGAGGCUAAAGAGCGAUCCAGUGGCUCUCUAUCGGCUGUGCUGGAGUGUUGUCAUGUCGCAUUCUGUGUGUCAGGAGUCUCUGGAGACGACCCCCCCGCCCCUGGAGGCGCUGGCAUAUAAAACGAGUGGUCUUGCCACUCCCGGACACUGAGGCCCAGCCUGGCCCGACGCGCCUGUGCCGCUCUUCAUGGAUGCUUCAGCAGCUCAGCAUCUCCUGCCCUGCACAGCUCAGCGGAACUAACAGCGACACGGGACGAAAGAGACGUCUGUUUUUCUCUUUGGCUGUCAACUACUGCUUCUGGGGGAGCUGCCAUGGCGAAUAGAGGACCCAGUUAUGGACUGAGCCGGGAAGUGCAGGAGAAGAUUGAGCAGAAGUACGACCAGGACCUGGAGGUUCGUCUGGUGGACUGGAUCCUGGCGCAGUGUGGAGGAAACCUGGAGAGACCGCAGCCAGGAAAACAGAACUUCCAGAACUGGCUGAUGGAUGGAACAAUUCUGUGUAAGCUCAUCAACAGCCUUUAUCCAAGGGGGAAGGAACCCAUCAAGAAGAUUGUAGAGACUCAGAUGGCCUUCAAACAGAUGGAGAAGAUCUCUAUGUUCCUACAAGCAGCAGAAGCCUAUGGAGUCAUAAGCACUGACAUUUUUCAAACUGUGGACCUCUGGGAAGGAAAGGACAUGGCGGCAGUGCAGAGAACCCUGAUGGCUCUGGGGAGCGUGGCCCUCACCAAAGACGACGGCCAUUACAGAGGUGACCGUGACUGGUUUCACAGGAAAGCCCAGGGCUAUCGGCGAGAGUUCACCGAAGAACAGCUGCGCCAAGGCCAGAGUUUGAUUGGUUUGCAAAUGGGCAGCAACCGCGGGGCGUCCCAGUCCGGUAUGACGGGCUACGGAAUGCAUCGGCAGAUCAUGUAGACCACUCAGAUACAAGCUAAUCUACUCCCCUGCUUCAAGACAUUACUUUCUGAGGAUCCCACGAAUCUUGUAUCCCUGUACCUUUCAUAUCCUUUGUAACUUGUGCUGUGUUAACCUCACAGUUUCCCUACAGUUGCUGCUUUCCCCCAAACAGAGCACCCUGUCUUCAUCUUUAACAACAGUGUUAAAUGUCAUAGAACUGAUUUCAUGUGCUCGUUCCCUUUUCCCUCUGUCCAUGUGCAGCCCUCCCUCUGGAUUUGCUCUCGCCCAUCCCUUCCAUGUUCAAAUCAUUACCUAACGUCGAAUUAUGAAGUCAUUCAACAUCAAUUUAGUCUUACAAUGAACAAAAGAUUGGUAUCUCUGUGUAAAACAAGCCAGUUGUGUUGUACACAUUUUUUUAAGAAUUACUGCAGAAACUGUGAGCCAGUGUUACAGCAUGUUGUAUGCUAUUUUUUUUGUAUUCAUGUAUACAUUUAUUUGUUCAUUGUGUCAAAUGAUCUGUUUUUGUGUAACUGUCUCAUGUGAAGCCUGAUAGAACUCAAUGAGUGACGAUGUCUCUGCUAUCUUGUCUGAAGACUUGUUGCAGUAUCCUUUGUAACCAAAUCAACCUCACGUUGUGCCUGGUUAUGGGACGACAGAGACUGUGUCCUGAUAUAUUGGCCUCAAAUUAUAAAUGAGUUUGGUUCAUUCUGAGCCAUGCCCUUGCAAUUUGUUUGUUAGAAGAUAUCUUUGUCCAUGAUAUACUGUAUCCAUUUUGUGCACAGUUAAGUAAAUGGGUUUGUAAAAGCCAUUAUUAUGACAGUGAAGUUUGAGUUCCAGGUACGGAUAUGGCUUGAAUGUGCGCUACCAUGUAUUGUCAUAUUUAUAUUUUUAAAUAUAUUUAUAUUGGGAGGCUUGUGUGCAAAAAAAAAAUGCAGAAAUAAAGUAUGUAAACAUC